AUGGCCUCGAUGCCUCAACAAACACACGCCUCAUUUCCUUCCAGGCCCUACAGCAGCACACUUGCACAUCACAACAAGCUCCCUCCAACAAAUACCAGUCGCGAUCACAAUCGCCUUGAGCGUGAACGAGGAUCUCAAGCACAAGUCAGUUCUACUAACGCUCUAAAUAAUAUAACCGACGAACAGCGGGAAGAAAUUAACGAAGCAUUCAGUCUAUUCGAUCUCGAUAAAGACGGGCGGAUAGACUACCAUGAAUUCAAGGUUGCCCUAAAAGCCCUUGGUUUUGAUCUACCUAAGCCCAGUAUCCUCAAUCUGCUCACAACUCAUGGAUCACCACCUACUCAAGCAACUGGGCAUGCAAAGAAUCCAAACUCAUCGCCUCCCGCACGCUUACUGCUUACUCUGCCAGCUUUUCAAAAUAUCGCUGCUAAGCUUAUAUCAGAGCGGGAUCCCCGGGACGAAAUUCUACGCGCAUUUGCUUUAUUUGAUGCCGACGAUAAAGGAAUAAUAAGUCUCGAUGACCUGCGGCGCGUAGCAAGAGAGUUAGGUGAGGGUUUAGAGGAAGAAGAACUAGCCGCUAUGAUCGAGGAGUUCGACCUCGAUGGAAAGGGGGGCGCCAUUAACGCGUCUUCAAUAAAAAUUCCAAAUCACGCAACCCUUCAGGUUGUCGCUAAAUUUUCCGGUGGAGAGACACAUUCCGCUCCAGGUCUAACUAUUUUACCUCAAGCAGUGGCAACAAAUCACUGA